AUGGAACUUCCUAACCCUUCACCGUUUCUCUCCGAGAGGUCUCCGUUCCCCGGGAGAGGCGUCCGCGCCGGUCCGGAGGCGGCGCGCAGCAUCCCGGGCGCCCGCGGAGAGCACGGCGGCCCCCGGGAGCCAGGCGCCGAGGGGCCGAGCCCAGCGCCCGCCUUCCGCGCUGGUUGGUGGAGGAAGCCGGAGAGCGGCGCGAGGACAGCCUCGGCGGGGCUCGGGCGGGAAGGCGCGGGCCCGUUCGCCCCUGGCGGCCCGGAGCAGGCGUCGUGCCGCCGGGUAAGAUGGCUCCGCUCCCCGCCGGGCCGCGGGGCCCUGGGGCCGCUGAGGCCGCACGACCCCCGCCAGUGCCGCGCGAGCCGGGUCCGCCAAGCGCCGCCCGCUGCAGACAAAGCUGACAACAUGGCUCCCUCCGCCCGGCAAGUUGCUCGCAAGUUGCGGCGCGGCCGGCGUCCCUCAACUUCAAGUUUCCCUCGCAUGGCCGCCCUCCCGCCGGCCGCGGCCCACCCCGCGCGAGGCCGGGCUGGGAAACUUUAA